AUGGGCCAGGGCCUUCGACGCGGAGUGUCUUGCAAGUCGAUGGCCGGCAGCUCCCAUGGUGUACUGGUGAAACCCUUGCUUGCGGCAUUGAGAGAUUCGACUGCUCGCCAAGGGCAGGCAGGAAAUGUGACCGGAUUUCCUACGGUGCGGCGAAUUCGCGGACCGCGACUUCAGAUUCUUGAUUGCAGUUACAGCGUAGACACAUAGACACAAGACACAGCAGUGGCCACGCAAGCUCUUGGCUGCCUAUUUUUCGUCCGUGCCUCCCCGGUUGCCUCCUCUUGUUUGAAGGUCAUGCAAUACAGUAGUGGGGGGGCAUCAACACUCCCGGUCAAAUGGCAAGGCACAGAGAGAAUAUGCAUGUUACGCAAAUAUUAAUAUUACAAAAGUACAGCAGGAGUGGGCCCUGUAUUUUUUUUUUUUUGUCUUCACUUCAAAUCAGCGCUCACAGCACUACUUAUAAUAGUGCCGUUUACUCCAACCCGUGGUCGCACAGAAGAGCCCCUCUCUACCCUCCCCUCCUGCGGCACUUUGCCUUCGAUUUUUAGGGCGAGAAGAGUUCAGCACUCUCUUCCCUCUGUGUACACACGAACCAGCGCUAUCCACUAGGCCAGAAGCGGAAGCGAGAGAAAAAUUCACUUUGCAAGAGAAGCUCGCUUCCGCCGGGAUUCGAACCCCUGACCUGACCUUUAGAUGGUUUCGAGGAUACCAACUAGACCACCGGG